GAAGACAGCUGAAAAAACAAAACACAAAAAAAAGAAAAACAAUUUUUUUUCUUAGAAAUGAAAGGUCUCUCUGCUAGUAGCUUUGCACGUCGAAUCUUCAAAUCCAAUUCACAGAGCCCAAAGGAAAAUAGGGAAAACACCGGCAGCUAUGACGCUAUUAAUGUCAUCCUUAACCAUGACUUCUUGGAGGAGUUGCACUUGUGGCGCACCAAUUGCUGCAAUGCUUUUGUGGUUCCAGCGGGUUCUGGUAACUAUAAAGGAACUGCAGAAGAUGUAGGCUGUUCUUAUGCUGUUGUCACGAAUCGCACGGAAUGUUGGCAAGGCUUGGAGCAAGAUAUUACAAGUAGAAUUUCAGCUGGUUGUGACUACACAGUUUCUGCUUGUGUUGGAGUCUCUGGUACUUUUCAUGGUUCUACUGACGUCCUGGCUACGUUGAGACUUGUUUACCAAAAUGCAGAUAGAGACUAUUUAUUUAUUUCAAAAAAAUCUGUUACGGGGGAGGGUUGGCAUAUGUUGGAAGGUUCAUUUUCACUGUCAACUAAGCCCGAUCAAGUUAUCUUUUAUCUCGAGGGACCUUCACCUGGAUCUGACCUGCUCAUAAAAUCAGUGAUCAUCACUUCCCCCGGUUGCACUGAUUAUGAAAGUUCUAGGCCAACAUCCAGUUGUAUUGAUGAUGAGGAGAUCAUAGUAAAUGCAAAUUUUGAUUACAGCCUGAAUAGUUGGUCUGGAAGAGGCUGCAAGGUUGUUUGCCAUGACUGUAUGGCAGAUGCAAAUAUCAAUCCAACCUCUGGAAAGUACUUCGCAUCUGCAACAGAGCGCACACAGAGCUGGAAUGGGAUUCAACAAGAUAUAACCGGGAGAAUAAAGCGAAAGCUUGCAUAUGAGAUGACUGCUAUUGUUCGUCUAUAUGGUCACAAUGCCAAUAGUGCAGAUGUUCGGGGAACAUUGUGGGUUCAAGCAGCUGAUAACCAUGAACAGUAUAUAGGAAUUGCCAAAGUCCAAGCCACAGACAAAGAUUGGGUGCAGUUGCAAGGAAAGUUUCUUCUAAAUGACUCUCCAUCUAAAGCUGUUAUCUUUUUAGAAGGUCCACCUCCAGGCACGGAUAUCCUCCUCAAUAAUUUAGUUGUAAAUCACGCAGUUAAACUUCCUCCUCCUCCUCCACCAGUUGUUGUGAAUGCAGUUUUUGGUGUUAAUAUAAUCACAAACACCCAUCUGAAUAAUGGCACAAAUGGCUGGUUUCCGCUAGGCAAUUGCAGAAUGAGUGUUCAAACAGGCUCACCACAUAUAAUUCCUCCAAUGGCUAGAGAUUCCCUUGGUUCUCAUGAGAAUUUAAGUGGUCAUUGUAUUGCAGUGACUAAUCGUACCGAGCCAUGGAUGGGUCCUGCUCAGGUGAUCACAGAUAAAGUUAAACUCUAUUUGACAUACCAAGUAUCUGCAUGGGUUAAAGUCAGACAUGCAUCAGGCCCUCAGAAUGUAAGCGUGGCCCUUGGUGUAGACGACCAAUGGGUUAAUGGGGGCCAAGUUGAGGUCAGCGAUGAUCAAUGGCACGAAAUUGGAGGAUCUUUUAGAAUUGAGAAGCAAGCAGCUAAAGUGAUGGUGUAUGUUCAGGGUCCUGGUGCUGGGGUUGACCUAAUGGUAGCUGGACUUCACAUUUUUCCAGUUGACAGACAUGCAAGAUUUAACCACUUGAAGAGACAGACGGAGAAGAUACGCAAGCGAGAUGUCAUCUUGAAGUUCUCUGGAUCAGACUCGGUCAGUUUGCAUGGCAUGUCUGUUAGAGUUAGACAACAGCAAAACAGUUUCCCCUUCGGAUCGUGCAUUUGCAGAACAAACAUGGACAAUGAAGACUUCAAUGAUUUCUUUGUCAAGAACUUCAAUUGGGCCGUCUUUGGAAACGAGCUGAAGUGGUACAGUACCGAGGCACAGCGAGGAAAAUUCAAUUACAGAGAUGCAGACGAGCUCCUAGACUUUUGCUUAAGACACAACAUUCAAGUUCGUGGACACUGUAUAUUUUGGGAGGUGGAGUCCACUGUUCAAGAAUGGAUACGCUCGUUGAACAACAAUGACUUGACAACAGCUCUUCAAAACCGUCUAUCGGGUCUGCUUACACGUUACAAGGGGAAGUUCAAACAUUAUGAUGUGAAUAACGAGAUGAUGCAUGGUUCUUACUACCAAGAACGGUUAGGUAAAGACAUCUGGGCAAAUAUGUUCAAAAAAGCACACCAAUUGGAUCCUUCCGCGAUCUUAUUUGUAAAUGACUACCAUGUUGAGGAUGGCUGUGACACUCGGUCAUCCCCUGAAAAGUACAUCGAGCAUAUUCUUGACCUCCAAGAUCAGGGUGCACCAGUUGGAGGAAUAGGUAUUCAGGGACACAUCGAUUGUCCAGUUGGACCGAUUGUCUGUUCAGCUCUUGAUAAACUGAGCAUUCUUGGACUUCCAAUCUGGUUUACUGAAGUUGAUGUCUCUUCUAAUAACGAACACGUUAGAGCUGAUGAUUUAGAAGUCAUUCUUCGAGAAUCUUUUGCUCACCCUGCUGUGGAAGGUGUAAUACUGUGGGGAUUCUGGGAGCUGUUCAUGAGUCGAGAAAAUGCACAUUUAGUGAAUGCAGAAGGUGAGCUCAACGAAGCUGGAAAACGAUACCUUGCUCUUAAGCAAGAAUGGUUAUCCCAUGCUCAUGGCCAUAUCGAUGACCAAGGUCAAUUCAGCUUUCGAGGAUUCCAUGGCUCGUAUGAGGUAGAUCUCGUUACUGCUUCCAUGAAAAUUACCAAGACGUUCGUCGUUGACAAGGGUGAUGAUGCACUAGUUAUCUCCAUUGAUAUAUAGUACUGAUUUUGAGUUGAGUUUUUGACUCAUAAAUGGCCUUAUAGUAUGAUUGUGUGAAGUUGAAUAAUAG